AUGCAUAUUUUACAGAGUGGGGGAAGUCGCCAACGAGAAGUGGAGAACAAGUCAAGAGACCAGGUUCCCUCGUUGAACGAGCAGAACGCAGAGGAGAACCUUGCCCAUGCACUUCUCGACAACGACGUCUUCAAUUUGGGAACACAUGGGGGCCAAUACAUGGCUGUCCAUCGAGCUGAAUACACUUCUCCACAACUUCAACUCAUGGACCACGGAAACCACAGUAUUUACACGGUGGGAAGAAUACCCCACGAGGCGAGUGGGGGUUUUGCAAUAUCAAUCUCGACCUGCGUGAUCAUCCUCAUGAAGCACGAGGCUUGUACGAGCUACCCACAUACCAAAGGGAAGGGUACAUCCCGAGAUAUGGUUUUGGGGCAGAUGGAAGCACGAAACCAAACGGUCGGCGACCACACGAGCCUCAAUGUUCGCCAUGAAAGUUACCUCUUUGGGCUAUUUGGAAACCAUACCGACAUUUCUCAUUGGACCAAAGUAACCCCAUGUUUACGAUUGGCGCUACUUCGUACUUAA